ACCGCACCACCAACACUACCACCAGCGCACCUCUCACAUUAACCGCAAAUAUGUUCGGAGCACCACCCCAACCCUCCAAGCAAGAGCUCGCCGCAGCCGAGGCCCAGACAAUGAGCGAUAUCAAGUGGACGGCUGCAAGCGCCGUAGUACUUUAUCUCUCGCCGCAUCUAGUCGAAUAUGUUUCCAAGCUUUUUUAGACGAUAACUGCGAGCGGUACCUGCGAUGAUGAGAUAUAUCCCAUGACGAUAGGUGGAGAAUAAGAGAUCGGCUAGGCGAUAAACACACAAGGAAGGAAACUGUAUAACACGUGCGCGGGCACAUGGGCGCUUGUAAUAAUAACUGGUCUAUAAGGGUGGUUUGUGUGUACAUAUGUCCAUUUCCUAUGACACGACAGCGGACUUGAAAACAGUAUCCUCAAAGUUCCGGGAAAUGUCUCCGUUGGAGCGCAGAAACAGCUGCAUGACUUGCAACGCUUAAAAUUAUGAGGAGCUCUCUAAGAGUGCAAAUCCAUAACUACUUAGUAUCUCUCACAAUGCUCAAUGUAUUUCUUUGG